AAAAAUAAGUAGGAGGUCAAAAAAAGUGAUUCAAAUUCUGUCAUUUCUUAACCUAAUUGUCAAUUUCAUAACAAUAAUUACUUGGUCAAUUGGAUUUGAUAAUGAGUUUCUUCAAAGCAUUCAGAAGUAAUCAAGAGAAUUACUCUCCUUUGAACCAAAAUGAAGGUGUUACUAGUUUACCACCUCCUGUAACCCAACCUAAUGAAAAUCAGAAUUCCUUCUCCGCAAGAUUGAAGAAAUUGAAUCCAUUCAGAGAAAAUCCUAUUUAUCUUGAAGAUGAUGCCAACUAUGUGACUACUGAUCCUGGUUAUUUUGAAUUAUCUCGUUGGGACAGAAUGUUGAUAUUUGGAUUGACAUUUGCUGGAUCUGUUAGUUGCUACUUGAUUUGUAUAUUCUUAUUCCCAGUACUUAGUCUUAAACCAAGAAAGUUUGCUAUACUAUGGUCAUUGGGAUCCAUUUUCUUUUUGGUUAGUUUUGGAGUAUUACAAGGUUUUAAAGCUUAUAUGGAACAUUUAUUCCUGUCAACCCGGUUAAUAUUUACCAUUACUUUUGUCACUAGUAUUAUUUUGACGCUUAUUAGUAGUUUGAGAUUAAAGAGUACAUUGUUAUCAAUAAUAUUUGCUGCUAUUCAAUUGUUAAGUGCCAUAUGGUAUACAGUCAGUUAUUUCCCAAUGGGUACUCAAACUUUAAACCUAGCCGGAACUGUUGCUAGAAGUCAAGUAGAAUCAUGGAUAAAUACAUAAAUUAGCGAUUAAAUUAUAAACAUAUAU